AUGUUACUCACCCAAAGUCUCUUCUUCGCGUUCGCCUGCUGGCAAGCAACACCAGCACUUGCGGCAUCUCUUCCUCCAUCACAUCAGGAACUCGAUUAUACGCUCGAUCUCAACGUAACCGAAAACGAUCUCGCAGCACGAGACCUCGAGAGACGGAAAGAUCUUCCCAUCACAAUGUGCCCUAUCCUGCACAUCGGCGACUACCCGUACUGCCCUUACAGCAACGGCGAAGCAGCCAUAGAUGCAUGGCUCCCUAAAAUCGCAGAACAGAUCAAAGAAUUGUCAGAUUAUAACACAUGCACAAGAAUAUCCGGCGAGGAAGAGGAAUUCAAUUGGCGUUUCGAGUCCCAUACCGAGGACAGCCGGUGGUGCGAUACCAGCGCCAGUCUCGAGACCAUUCAAGGCGCCAUCAGAAAGACCAUGAGAGACAGGGCUUAUUGGAUAUGUGAGCAGGAGUGCUUCCGGAUGUCUCACGCUGGUUCCUGGCGUGGAUCGCUCCUUGUAGGGCGGAAGGACACCUGGGAUGAAAAGCAAUAUUGUGGGCCAUCGCUUUACGAUCUAAAGUUUGCUACGGGGGACAAAUGUAUCUCGGGGGGCAAAAAAGAUCUUUAG